CCGUCACCGCCACUGUGGCCGAGCGCUCAGCUGUUUCUGUUUACUAAACAAAGGAGCCAGUCGAACGCUGGAUGGCGAACGGUGCGUUCGCGCGCGAUAACGAGUCUCCACUGUUCGAGAGAUCGAGGAGGAUUCGAGUUCGCACGACGCUGUAAAGGCUUCGCUCUCCGCGAGAAGACUCUCCGCUUCCGCCUCCGCCUCCGCCUCUGCCUCUGCCUCUACCUCUGCCUGCGCCUCCGCCUCGGCGUCGUCGGCUGGCCGUGUCUCGCGCUCCUGGCAGGAGCGAAUGCGAAGGAGGAGAUAAGCGAGAGAGCGCGCGCGAGCUCUCUCUACCUAGAGUGCGGCGGCGGCGGCGGCGGCGGCGGCGGCGGCGGCGAUAGCGGUAGCGGUGCCAGCACCGAGAGAUCGUCUCCGACGCGCUACGACGAGCAGCAGCGAGUACGGCGAGGAGCGAAGGGCAGCGCGCGCGCGCAAACAAAUGCUGUAAAAAUGCCGUCGUUGCUGGAAGCCCUGGAGCUGAAGUACGGCAGCUCAACGACGGACUGCUCGUUGACGGAUGACGAAGCGGAGUCCGGCUCGCCCAAGGCCGCCCUGUCGGUGAGCAUCUUCAUCCCCAAGAAGUCGCCCCGACACACGGUGCCGGCGUUGCUGGUGCUCCAGGACUGCGACAUUGAGUCGGCGGGCAACGACGCCGAGAAGCUCCGUAGCAAGUGCAAGAACGUCGAAGAGCUUGAUCUGGCGCAGAACAAGCUGUCGCAAUGGACGGAGGUGUUCGGUAUCCUGCAGCACAUGCCCAAAAUCAAGUUUGUCAACUUGAGCUUCAACUGCCUGGCGGAGGUGCUGGAGGUCAAGCAUGGUAACUACGACCAGCUGAGGAAUCUCGUGCUGAACGGCACCAGAGUAUCCUGGUCGACGGUGCAGGGACUGAUACGGCUUCUGCGCAAUCUGGAGGAGCUCCACCUGUCCUUGAACGAGUACAAAACGGUGGACCUGGAUUAUCAGAAGCCGGAGAAUGUGAACCCGGCGCUGAAGAAGCUACAUUUCACCGGUAAUCCGGUGGAAGUUUGGAACGAGAUCUCAAAGCUGGGGUAUGUUUUCCCAAACCUGAAGAGUCUCGUCUUGGCCGAGUGUCCAAUCAGAUCACUCGCUCUGGAGGAGAAUAGGAAUCUACCGAACGAGGACAGCCGUCGAGCGAAGGAGGAGGGCCACGGGCAGGACAGCGAGAACAUGAAUCAUUUAGAGGCGGAUGAACACACGUCGACGGACGACAAGGGAAAUAGGAUAUUCGAGAGCAAGGUGAACUACGACAGAUCCGAGUCAGAGUCGGAAUCUAGCGGAACGACCAUCAAGUCUCCCCACGACCCCUUCAGGAUGUUGAGGUUCUUGAACGUAAACGGCACAUUGUUAUCAACCUGGGACGACGUUGAGAGGCUCGCUAGGUUUCCAGCGCUCAAAUCGCUCAGGGUCCAAGGAUGCCCGCUUUUCGAGAGUCCUCGAGAGUACACGGAACAUGAAAGGCGGCAGCUACUAAUAGCUCGACUGCCAAAUGUCGAGACUUUGAACGGCGGCGGCGUGAUAUCGUCUCAGGAGCGCGAGGACGCCGAGAGAGCCUUCAUACGUUAUUACAUGGAUAAACCGGAAGCCGAUCGGCCUGAGAGGUAUUCUGAGCUUGUGGCUAUUCACGGAAAGUUGGAUCCCUUGGUUAAUGUUGAUCUGACACCAGAGAAAAGGGUCAAGGUUACUUUUACCUACGGGGAUCUCGUUGAGGUACGGUCAGUAGAUGUAUAUAGAACGGUUUUCGAAUUGAAAACCAAGUUAGAAAGUAUGGUGAAGAUACCUGCCAAUAGAAUGAGACUUUUCUACGUCGAUCAGGAAAUGAAGGCGCAAUACGGCCCGGAGGAAAUGCUAUAUCCCAACAAGCAGCUCUAUCGAUACAAUAUAAGGAACGGCGACGAGAUCAUCAUCGACAGCAAACUGAAUCGAUUCGUGUCAACGUCUUCGGGUACAUCUUCCAUUCGUUCCUGAAGAAGGACGACAAGUGGAUCGAGCGGUAUCGAAGAAAUCCGAUAACUCUUCGAUCUCUGAUCUCCACUUAUCGCCUCACGAUGCAUGAGGACCGUUCCGACGGAUCAUCAACGAAUGAUUACGAUGAAAACUCGCGUAUCGAUAGAAAAACCAACUUAUCCAACUUAUCCAAGUGAAAUAUUCCAGGAUGACACACACGAGUGUUUCUUUUUUUUUUUUUUUUUUUUUUUAAUGAACUUACGAGCACACAGGACAGCAUGUCCUCCGUAUAAACGCGAUAAGUUCAGACAUUCUCUGAUAAUCGUUACGGGAUUAUCGUGAUUAAUGCAUUCUGAUCAAGCGAUCAAGCCGUUCGACGGCGGCUAUAGCUAAUUAUUUCUCCAUAUAACAAACUCAUCCAAGUCUCUCGACGUAUAACUUAAAAACUGCUACUAACGCGCGUAGGGGAUAAUUGUGUGCGCAAGUGUAUGCACGUACACGCGCAUACAGACGCAUUUAGAUGAGUAGAAUGCUGUUGAUUUGUAAGUUCUCUGAGUAGCAAUUCCUAUCUGUCUCUUGUAGAAGGUAAAAUGUAACGGAGUGGGGGGGGGGGAGGAGAGAGAAGCAGGAAAGCUGUGUAAAUAGCGAAUUUCAAUUUCCAGCCAAAUUCGAUGUAAUUACGAGACGAGUUGAGAAGAGUUUACUUGAUGUUAUCGAUGCUCGAUGAAAGCGAUAGAAAAACAGUGUAGAGAAACAGUUUGAACGAAAAAGCUCGCGUAGGUCACUUUGACGUGCUCGUCGCAGAUUGCUACGACGGAGAGAAUGUGAGAUAUUUUUGUAGAUCGCGAGCAGUUAUCCGUAAAGAGUAAGAUGUAUCGUUCACGAACGAAUGCGUUCUGUUGUUCUUUGUUGAGCACCGGGCAAUGAUAAAAGUGUACAAUGCACUUUCAUUGUAUUUCCGUUGCGCGCAUUUGCAUACACUAACGUGAGAAUGCGUGUGCGUGUGUGGUGUGUGGGGGUGGGGGAGGGGGGGAGGAGGGGACUCUUUCGCAAGUGUAAACACGCGAGGGAAUUCGUUCGCAAAGUGUCAUCCACUUGUGUUGUACGAGCGAUCUCUCUAGUUUCCGAAGGUGAUACUUAUAUGUAAAUUCUCUCUCACGUGCAAACUCUGCGCGAAUACAACGCACAAGCGUCAUCAGCUCGUAGCUUUCUCUUCGUAUAUCUCGAGCGAUUUGAUUCGAAAUGUAAUAUCUCGCAGUGGACGCUAUUUGCAAAAGUACGCAAGAGUUUAUGUCAAUCUGAGGACGCAAAAGUCGCACUCGUCUACUCUCAGUAUGUACUUAACUUGCAAAAAGAGUUCAAUUCCUUCACUAACUUUGAGGCAUUGGAUUUUACACGAUAAGAAUAGACGAUUGCGCAUACGUGCGUUUAUUUAUCGUAAACGACCGUGAUUGAAUGACAAGGGCUGACGUCAAUUUUAAGCGUGAUAAAGAUAACAACAAGGAGGCGUGUCUUGUUUGAAUUUAUAUAGUUUGUACGCUCGGACUCGCGAUGAUUUUAUAAUCGUAUCAAUCUCUUCACAGGUACAUUCUUCUCCCGAAUAUUACAAAUAUCCGUGCGUCUUGUUGCAUUUAUAUCUUACUCCGAGGUUUAGGAAACAUAAACGCGCUCGCAAAGAGGAUUAAAGUAGAAUGUUGCGUUGCGCCCAUCAAAUUCACACCGGCACUGCAGUGCCGUCGAGUAUACAGCCGAAUAUUAGAAAGAGAGGGGGGGGGGAGGAACAGACAGUACAUCAAGUUUCAGUCUCUUCGCUCACAAGCAACGAAGCUUGAAGAGCCACUUAGUGCCUGCCUUUGACUAGCGUAAUUCGGAUACUUCUAACACUGCCCUGUGUAUACCGUAAAACGUAUAUAUAAUUCGGAAUAUUCGGAGGCUUUCUGUACAUUACGAGAAACACACUGACCGAAUUCAACGACAGUAACGACAGUACGAAUACCAAUGCUCUCUGACCAAUGCAGUUCUCAAACACCAAAUUUACGAACUUUCGACUAUUGCCAGUGAUAUUAACAAGACUUUUCGUGAAACGAUCCGGAAACUUGUUGCAUGUUGCGUGAAAGCGAAUACCUUUAGAAUGUUCUUAUUUGUGAUAUUGGAAGAAAGUGAGACAAUUCGACGAUCACGAUUUUUUGCUAUCCAACCAACAAUCUCGGCUAGAUCGUCUCUCGAAUACCGAAAGAGCAUCGCGAUAGCAUCGAGGACGAUAUGUUGUCGACUGUUGGAUUCCAGCGUUGGAUUCACGUUCUACUGCUACAGCGCACUAGAGACUUACAGAGUUUGGUGAUCCGUUUGGUCGGUGUAAACAACUGAAAAUGAAAACAAUUCAAUCACGAGAGAAUGAGGGUGAGGAGGGACUGGCAGGCGGCGGAAUCCUGCUACUGUAUGUGUCUAGUCCCGGAAAAGGAUAAUCUCUCUCUCUCUCUCUCUCUCUCUGCAUUAUUUUCAUUUUAUAUAAAAACAAUCUUUUUUUGUGCUGGCGCAAAUGUACGUACUAACGAAAUAAAUCGUUUGUACGAUGUA